AUGCACUGUCCUUUCCAUGGGUCUCCUGUUUCUAGGAGUGGCUGUGAAUCGGCAUCUAAGGACUUUGUCCCUGAUGACGUGGAAGUCCAAGUUCCUAGAAUAGUCUUCUUGGUCACUAGAGGGAACAGUGGCAUUGGAAAAGCAACUGCCCUUGAAAUAGCCAAGUGAGGUGGCACAGUUCACCUGGUUUGUCAUGAUCCAGAGGCAGGUGCCAAAGGUGAUAUCAUCCAUGGGGGGGUGGGAAGAACAAACAUCUUUCUACACGUUGUAGACUUGUCUGAUGUCAAGAAAAUCUGGGUAUUUGUUGAAAAUUUCAAGCAGGAACAUAAACUCGGUGUUCUGGUGAGCUUUGUAAGCAUAAGUGGAGGAAAAACCUCCUGUUUGCACAUUUUUCAUCUUUAUAGAUGUGGGCGGAUAUGUUUUUGUGUGUCUUUAUGUAAGAAUCUUCCUGCAUGGUCAGUAAAAGAGCUCACAGAAAAUGGUCUUGCAAAAAAAAAAAACAACAACAACUUUGCUACCAAUACUGUGGGUGUGUGUGUUCUCACGGCCGGCCCGAUCCCUGCGCUGGAGAAGGAGCACGACCCCAGAAUAACAGUCUGCUCAGGAGGAAUUUUGGUUCAGAAAUUGAAUACUGACGAUCUGCAGUUGGAAAGAACAGCGUUUAAUGGAACUACGGUCUGUGCAUAAAACGUGUCCUGCUGAGGGCGGGAGCUGGUGACCACUGUCGCGUCCACGUCAGAGGAAUGAGCAGAGGCCGAGCGAAGUCAGUGGGAGAAGCCUGGGGACCUGGAGACGGGCGCAGGCCACCUCACCACUACCCAGGUUUUUGGGAACAACGAGUGACAAAGUUCGGAAUCCAGCCUCUACACACCAGCCUCUUGCUAGAACAUACUCCUUGCUGGCUGAAGAGGAGAAACUCAUGGAGAUCCUGGAACAGCUGGCUCAGAGAUUUAACAAGGCCAGGCCAGGCCCAGCACGAGCCAGAGUCACCUUAGAAGACACCAGAAGGUGUGGGCUAGGGGCCAGGGAACAGACCCCACUUCGACUUCCCUGGGGGGCUACAAGGAAUGGAAACUUGUAUUUUAAAAUAAAUAGGACUGGGGCCACGAACAAGCUGACCUUGAUCUUCUGCAGCAGGUUCUUUUCUUGUUUAAAUCUCUCCCUUACUUGAGAAUGUGGUUUUCUAAAAAUUUGUUUUAAAAUUAACCAACCUUGUCACACUGAGGGGCCUCAGGGCUGGGAGGAAGAACGAACACCCUCCCUGUGGACUCUCCCUCCUCCCCCUUUCUAGAUGCCUCCAGUGUCGGGGGGCCGCUGGGCAAGCACAUUUACAUAAACAAUUUAAAUGAAGCCAAGUUUACCUUUGCUGAGAAUUGGGAGUGGCUUCAAUAACGCACAUUGCAUUCUGGCACCAUACUCUGCUAAAACCUCUAAAUUACAUCGUUUUACCUCUUAGUGACCUUAGGGGCAGCUGCAACAAAACCAACAAGCAGAUCUGGAAUACAUCUACACAUGUUCUUGGUGUUCAGGAUGAAAUAACCGGAACUCGUCGCCCAUACCAGAGGAAAAUGCAGAUGGUGCAGCUUCUUGGUGGUCCCUGAGACACUGGGGAUCCGGGGCUCGCUAGCCGAGGACCCCAGGCUUGGGGCUUCUCUGGGCAAGCCUGCCUGAAACAGCAGUGUCCACCUGACAGGAGGCGCUGCUGAGCCCCCGCUCCUUGUCUGCAGGAGGAAGACAGCGCGGGCCUGGGGCUGCCCUGCCAGCCUCCCUUGGCUGUUCCACAGCAUGUGGGCUCCUUGGUUUCUUCGCACCUAUUUUCUUCUCCAUAAAAUGGUCCUCUUUUUGAAAGAGGCUUUCCCUGGCCGUGUUUGGCCUGAAGUCCUUUCUCUUUAUUUGGAGAGUUUAUUAAACACAGAAAAAGCAGACACAUGAAAGAUAAAAUAAAAAGCCCUCCGUGGCCACAGCCACGUGCUGUGUGUGCGUGGUCCAUGGUGAACGGUGGCUCACCUUCAUCUCCCGACGGUGGCUCUCCCUGAGGUCUAGGCAGCCGGUGGUCUAGAAACUACCCCCUACCCCCAACUGGACAAACCAAUAGGGGCAACACCAAAGCAGGCUUUGGCGUGUGUGUGGUCACGCGUAACAACAACGAUGGCACCACAGUUGCAGGAAGGUUUUCACAGAGGUUUAUUUAAGCCAUGGAGGCGACUCUGCACUGAGUUGGCCACUGGGGAUGGCUACACGCACGUUUUGGUUAGAGGGAAGCACAGCGGGAGAGAGCAGAGUGAACACAUUCAUGGCAUUCAGCAGCAUUUGAAUGUAGGAC